AUGAAAUCUUUUGAAUGCGAAUCUUCCUCUGAAGGUGAUGAACCUACCGUCCACGCCAUCUCUCGGGGGGUGGUGGAACCGCCGCAGUGGUUGCGGGAAAACGCAACGCCCGGCUGGGGGUGGCAGGCAGGCUGUGGCAGUUCAGCAACUGGUCCCAGCUCGUCUCAAGCGGUCACCGCUUUGGAUCAAGUUGGCUUUGCACCUUUCUCGUCCAACUCCACCGAAGACAGUCAAAUUCCCGGCAGGAGGACCCCUCUGGGGGCCGUGGGUCUCGGGGGAUUCUACUUCCAGGGCUGUCAGCCGAACGUGGCCAGUCACGGACCUCCCUCGGAUGAAAAUAAUCCCGAUCCGGGUUGUUCCAGUCAGAGUGGUCACAGAUCUCAGGAAUCUCGAGCACAACACCCACAAAACCCAUCCUCCUCCAAAGGAAAAAAUCGUCAAGGAAAAAGCGUAAGAUUGAAUAUCAACGCACGGGAAAGGAGACGAAUGCACGAUUUAAACGACGCCUUGGAUGAGUUGAGGGCUGUUAUUCCAUACGCACAUUCCCCGUCCGUCAGGAAACUGUCCAAAAUAGCCACCCUCCUCCUCGCCAAGAACUAUAUCCUGAUGCAGGCCAAUGCCUUGGAGGAGAUGAAGAGACUCAUAGCAUACCUCCAAGGAACCGCUGGAACGGUGGGGGCGGCGAUAGUUGCUCCUCCCGGCUUCGACCUGCAAGGCUUCCCUGCUGCGGCGAAAUUCCUGCAACAACAACAGGCGUUGCAGGCCGAGAACGCCAGGCACAGUGAUGGGAAUGGUGGAGAGUCUGGGCCAACGGUGUAG